CUUAGAUACCGGAAGUGACUUGGUCUUAGCAAUGAAAACAGUAUCGGAACUUUUUGGGAAUAAAUAGCCAACCCGCUGGAAUUAUACUGACUUUGGUUUACGGAGGUGCACAAGUUUGUCCUGCUUCUCUUCCUCAGUGGAAUGGGACCGCCGUAGGACUACCACUGACCUGCUUUUAUGACAGAAAUCCAGAUGUAGAUUUAUCCAGAGACAACAGUGGCAAUGGAAAAACUCCCUGAGGCAACAUGAGGACAAAACUUGUAGAGGAACCAAACUCAAAAGGGAACUGAUCCUCUACUGAAUGACACCCAAUAGUGGGAUUGUAAAUCAUUAGUGAAACGCAGCUCCAGCCUGUGUGUACAGGGACAAGAUGGAGGUUCCCUCUUAUCAGUCGAAGCUUUUAUGUGAGCUGAACGAACAACGUAAGAGGGACUUCUUCUGUGACUGCAGCGUCAUCGUUGAGGGCCGGGUGUUCAAGGCGCACAGAAACAUUCUGUUUGCAAGCAGCGGCUAUUUCCGGGCUCUGCUGGUGCAUUACUUGCAGGAUAGUGUCCACAGGCAUAGUACAGCUUCCCUGGACAUUGUCACAGCAGAUGCUUUUUCGCUCAUUCUGGACUUUCUGUAUUCCGGUCGUCUCGACCUGCGCACCGAUAAUGUGAUUGAGAUCAUGUCCGCUGCCAGCUACUUACAGAUGACGGACGUAGUGAACUUUUGCAAAGGUUACAUCAAAUCAUCGUUGGAGAUCUGUAACAGGGAGAAGGAGGGCCAGAAAGAAACGGGCAGAGAGAGAGAAGGGCCUGCUGACAGUCGUACGCCAGCUUCAGUCUCCAGUGUUCCUGCAGCGUCCACUUCCCAAACGGACAGGGGAACGCCACAGAGUAUGGAGACGCUCAAUUCCGUUGAGGCAUCCUCUGAUAUUCCGUCCACUCCAGCUGCUACCAGUAGCAAAGACUCCGAGAGUGAGAACUCACAAGGAGGGUUCUCUAGCCAGCCCCCCAUCAGCGCUGCUGCUAAGAGCAACCCGGCACAAGACGCAGUCAACCCAUCGUCUUCAGGGAUGCUUGUUGUGCCGGUACACACCAAGAUCAAAUUUGACCCUGAUGAGGAAGGCGAUUGUUCACUUGAAGCUAAGGACAUGGACCUGUAUGAAAACCCAAACAGUGGUGAAGACAGAACUCUCAGCUCAAGUCCUGCACCGAGCAGUGAGCCAACGAUCCUGCCUCCGUACCCCAACUAUCAGAUGAAACAGUAUGUCGACGUGCUGCUACGUGGAGGAGCCAACACUCACCGCGAUGAGCUCGUGCCUCAUUUUAGCCACAGUUUAGGAAACAGCAAUAUGGCUCGUGUAGAUGAAGGACUAGGUCAUGGAGGCUCCUGCAGUAUGGAGAUUCAAAGUGACUGGUAUGUGGAGGAUGCAGUUUUCUACUCAGGGAGGCUGCAUAAGUGUCCAUUCUGCCCGUACACAACCAAACAGAAGGGCAUCCUGAAGAGGCACAUCCGCUGUCACACAGGGGAGAGGCCGUACCCGUGUGAGAUCUGCGGAAAGCGGUUCACUCGACAGGAGCAUCUACGCACACACGCCGUCACCGUCCAUCGUGCGACCUGGCCCAUCGUGUGUAAAGGCUGUAGGCGCGUCUUCUCUGGAGCUGUGUCUCAGGGUCUGAAGCGCUUUGGACUUUGUGAUAAUUGUACUUGCGUCACUACAACUAACGAGGACUCUCCUUCCAUGAACUUGAGCAGCCAGUCUGUGAGUGUGGAACAGGGCACGACGGAUUCUGAUUGGCCCAUCUUCAUGGUGGACGGGGAUGAGGAGCCUAGUGCUGGCGCUGGGGAAGUGGAUGAUAAGAAGGAUCUCCAGAGGCAGCUUGCAGAAGGGGGAGGUAUCCUGUAGGUACUGAGGCAUACUGGUGUUCCUGAUGGCUUCUUCCAUAUUCACCUUACUGAAAGUUUAGUAAACAGACCAACCAGUCAAGGCUUGGAAAGACAGAUCCUGCUCAUGUACACUACAGCAAGCUGGAGAGUAAAUGUACAGGCAGAUCCUGGGAAAAAUAGUCUUGUUUGGCCUGAUGCUAAUUAGUACAAGUACUUUUAAUGUAAGUACUGAACUGUAACAAUGUUUACGGGUAUGUAGUCUUUUCGAACCAAAUUUCCACAACUCUGGUGGAAUCAAUCGAUAGAAUUUCAUUUAAAAAAAAGAGGUUAAUACAAUUUAGUUAUUACGCAGUGAUAACUUUGCUUUAAAACAUACAUCAAUCAGUAUUUGGGUUUUGAUAAUGCCAAUAAGUCAUCUUAAAGCCGGACAGAUUUAGUGAGUGUCAGGAUGGAAAAUCGGGCGUAAAAGAAUUACCACACACAUCAAUCCGAAGAAUAUAACAGUAGACAAGUUAUUACAGUGCUACAGCUAUUUUUACGUACAUGUGGUUUCUCUUCUCGACUGAAAUGCUGUCUGUCUAUAAAUAUACAGUGGCAUGCAAAAGUUUGGGCACCCUUACUGAAAAUGUCUGUUACUGUGAAUGGUUAAGUGAGCAGAAGAUGAACUGAUCACCAAAAGGCAUAAAGGUAAAGACGAGACAUUUCUUUUCAGCAAGAUUUGUGUAUUAUUUUUGUUUUGUGCAAUUGGAGAGUGAAAAAAGAAAAGGAACACCAUGCAUAAGUUUGGGCACCCCAAUACAUUUGAGUUCUCAGGUAACUUUUACCAAGGUUCCUGACCUUAAUUAGCUUAUUGAGCUGUGGCUUGUUCAAAUUCUUCGUUAGGAAAGGUCAGAUGAUGUAGAUUUCAAAGCUGCAUAAAUUUUCCGACUCCUCAAACUUGUCCCUAAAAUCAACAGCCAUGGGCUCCUCUAAGCAACUCCCUCGCAUUCUGAAUAAUAAAAUAAUUGAUGCCCACAAAGCAGGAGGAGGCUACAAGAACAUAGCAAAGUGUUUUCAGGUAGCCGUUUCCUCAGAUUGUAAUGUUAUUAAGAAAUGGUAGUUAACAGAAACAGUGGAGAUCAAGGUGAGGUCUGGAAGAACUGCUUGUUGGAUUGCUAGAAAGGCAAAUAAAAACCCCUGUUUGACUGCAAAAGACCUUCAGAAAGAGUUAGCAGACCCUGGAGUGCUGGUGCACUGUUCUACUAUGCAGCGACACCUGAACAAAUAUGACCUUCAUGGAAGAAUCAUCAGAAGAAAACCCUUCCUGCAUCCUAGCCACAAAAUUCAGCGUCUGAAGUUUGCAAAUGAAGAUCUAAAUAAGCCUGAUGCAUUUUGGAAACAAGUCCUGUGGACUGAUGAAAUCAAAAUAGAACUUUUUGGCCACAAUGUGCAAAGGUAUGUUUGGAGAAAAAAGGGUGCCAAAUUCCAGGAAAAGAACACCUCUCCAACUCUGAAGCAUGGGUGUGGAUUGAUCAUGCUUUGGGGUUGUGUUGCAGCCAGUGGCACAGGGCACAUUUCACUGGUCGAGGGAAGCAUGGGUUCGAAUAAAUACCAGCAAAUUCUGGAAGCAAACAUCACACCAUCUGUAAAAAAGUUGAAGUUAAAAAGAGGACGGGUCCUACAAUAAGACGAUGAUCCACAACACACCUCAAAAUCUACAAUGGAAUACCUCAAGAGGCACAAGCUGAAGGUUUUGCCCUGGCCCUCACAGUCCCCUGACCUAAACAUCAUUGAAAAUCUGUGGAUAGAUCUCAAAAGAGCAGUGCGUGCAAGACAGCCCAAGAAACUUGUAGAACUGGAAGCCUUUUGCAAGCACGGAUGUGUGAAAAUCCCCCAGGUAAGAACUGAAAGAUUAUUAGCUGGCUACAAAAAGUGUUUACAAGCUGUGAUACUUGCCAAAGGGGGUGCUACUAAGUACUAACCAUGCCAGGUGCCCAAACUUUUGCUUCGGGCCCUUUUCCUUUUUUUGUCAUUUUGAAAAUGUAAAAGAUGAAAAUAAAAAAUAGUUUUUGCUUAAAAUAUAAAGGGAAUGAGUCAUCUUUAACUUUAUGCCUUUUGGAGAUCAUUUCAUCUUCAACUUGCUUAACUGUUCAUAGUAACAGCAAUUUUGACCAGGAGUGCCCAAACUUUUGCAUACCACUGUACAUCAUAAGUCAUUUCAUAUACAGUCAUGGUUCUUAAAAUUGGGUCCGGGCGGGCCCCCGGGGGUCCUUAAAGCAUAGCUAGAGGGUGUACACCUCACUGUAGUCAAUGGUAUUGUGCCUAUAAAUGAUGUUGAAUGGAAUCUAAUACCAGUUGCAAUAAAAAUCGGUUCUGUGGGUGGAAGGUUCGGAAAUUUAAACAAGGCUCAAACAGUAAAAGCAUUAUUGUACAACGUGAAGGAUUUUAAAAAAAAAAAAGUACCCUUGACUGUAAAAUGUUGAGAACCCAUCAUAUAGAGUGUAACAAACUCAACAAAUGGAAAUGUGAUAUUUGGACUAAAUCAUGAAAGGCUAAUAUUCAUUAUAUUUCUAAUUUAAAUUGUUUAGCUUAUAGGGCUCAAUCAUGAAAAUAUUGUUUAAUUUUAAUUAUAAUUAUCAUAAUUAGACAAUUUUAAGUAGAAAGUUUGGCACUUUAUCAUUUAAAUAAACAGAAAACAGGCUUUUUCCUGUUGCUUUAAAUCUUCAGACCAACAUGAGAUGUAUAUUCAUAGUAAUAAUUUAAAAAAAAAAAAUACAACUUGAACAAGCCACUGUAGUAUCUUGGCUGUCACAGACCUGCCCUACUUUGUCUAGUGCUCUGUGUGUGUGUGUGGCUGAAUGAACUCGACAUGUUUGAGAAGACAACUGUACGAUUUGACCGUGGUGUGAUUAUCCAACAGUUAAAGCACAUAGACCACAGUCAGUCUUACUUGAUUACAGUAUAAUUAAUUGUGCAGUCCUACUCUUCUGAAUGUUUCUACAAUGUAAAUUAUGAUACUUUUAAAAGCAUUUCAGUACAUUAAGAAUUUUGUGCAGCAGCCGUUAACGACAUUUUGAAAGUUUCUGUAGACCUGGGAACUGAAUUGUUACUGCUUCAAUCAUAAAACCCACAAGUGUAACUGAAAGGAGAACUGCAGUUAUAGUGGGGAAGUGAUGUAUGACCAAAGGGAUUAUUAUUAUUAUUAUUUUUUAAUAAUUUGUAUUUAUGUAACUUUUGCUGUAUGUUCACCUGUGAACAUGAAAGGUUGCAGCUUUAUUAUAAAAUAACAUGCAUUAAAAACUGACCUGUAACACUAAGCUUUAAUGUAUUCAAAUAGCUUAAUGCUAUGUGCAUAUGGGACAGGCAUACGCCAUCCCAACAAGUGAACAAUCAGAUUCUUUCAACAAGUACAAUUUGUCAGUAUAUUUUUAAGGGUGGUUGUAUUCAAUGUA